AUGUCUGCUGAUGCACAAGUGCCAACUAAAUAUGAUGAGGACGUAUAUCUUAUUGUUGUACCGGAUCCAGGGAAAAGCCAAGGAAUUGACAUUGACCCAAUUGAGUAUGCUGACAAGAACAGAACCGAUACUCACUUAUUUUGGAUUAAAAUAGGCGACGGAGGGGAUAUCAUAGGUCGCACUGACCAGUACCACAACCCAAGUCAACGAAUCGGGGCAAUAAAAAUUUCCAAUCGACCUCCCUUCAGGAUUAAUAACAAGAUUGCAGGCCCAGGAAAGCAUCUAGAACAUGAGCUAUUACAACACCAUGAGAUGGGUGGCAUGCUCCCUGGAGGUUCUUCAGAGUGGCAUGCUUUGUACGGGGACAAUCGACUUGCGGAGAGCCUUAAUAAAGAAUUGCGAUCGCUUGUUGAUCAGGGAAUACUAUACCCACUUGCCCUGAACGGUGGUAGACGCGACAAAUCCACGGCAACGAAUCCUACUGAGUGGGAUAAGGUUGUAACAUCUUUGAGGAGUAUAAUUACGCCGGAGAAUCAAGGUCCGGGAAAAAAUAAGAAUCGACCGCGUCGUAAGAAAACCCCAUCAAUUUCAAUUGUUGUCACACCAAGUCCACAUGCACGGGCCUUCAAUCAUGGAUUCCAAAUUGGAAAGGGUAUAUACCAGUAUUGGGUCAAAAUUGAUACGCACCACACGCAAAACGAGACAGUUUAUCCCCUGAUUACAAGUACUUAUCAAACGGAGCUACCCGAUUUCGGGUAUAAUUCGUACUUCCUGACCAAACGUGACAUUCCAAACAAUUCAAGCGUGAAGGCUGCGCAUUUAGCAGAGUGUGAAUCGAGGCUCAAGUACUUGAGGACAGGAUUGGGUACAUGGGGAAUCAUGAGCAUGCCAACUAACCAGGAGAAAGGCACUUGGUUCUCCGUUGAUUUAGAUACCUCAUUGCUUAAUCAGAACAAAGUCCAGGGAGCAAAGAGGUUUUUGCGGAUGUUCGUCGCAAAGUUUCAUCUGGAGCAACAAGAAUUCAAGGAGCGGCUCGGACAACUAACAAAACCGGAAGAUGAAGAGAAUGACAAGGACAAAAGUAACAAGGAUACAAGCGGCAACAAUGAAGACAGUGAUGAUUUUGCAUCUGACGCGAGUGGAGAGGACGGUGACGGCAACGAUGGACCUAGGGAGACCAAAAAACACAAAGAAUACUCGAAUAAGAUGAACAAAGGGGGGAAAUAUGACAAUGAACAAUACGAGGGAGCCUCCGAGUCGGGUCCAAAACGGGGACAGGCGCUCUCUGGGAUGUAUAGCCUGGGCGGGACCACCAAAUCUAAAAUGGGCGUAAAAGCUGCUCAAUUAGGUACCAACCGAGGGCUAUCCAGUAGCAACGCAUACCGAGAUGGUCGCAGCAAGAAGCAAGAGAUCGCUUAUAAGGCUAUCCAGAGACAUAGAAGUCGGGAAAUGUCUUUGGAAGAUAGUGGCAUCCGCAAAGAAGAGGAUAGCGAUGCAAGAGGCGUUGGUAGUGACAAAGUCCAGAUGAAGGGCCAAUUCUUUUACGAGAAUCUUGGCUACUCUAGAUCUGCGAUGGAGGGUAUGGAGGUAGUACAUAUAACGACUGAUGCGAUAGCAACCAGUCGAAACAUAGAGGGCCCGAGUGAACACACAGCAGGAUUACAGACGAGUUUUCAGGGCGUGGACAAGCUGGAACAAGAAAAAGGAAAAGAUGGAGAAAGAGUAGAAAACAAACGGCAAAGUAAGAAGAAAGGAAAACAGAGGGGUCAUGAUACCUCAACACCAGACCUGCAUUUCAACAUAUACAGAAACCUUCCUACCCAAUCGCGUACUGAUUUAACCGAUUAUCACAACGUAUAUGAUCAAUACAGGUCCGAUGAAGCCCUCAGUAAUCCAACAAGAGGGGAUAAAAGAACUAAAAAGGGCAGAUUCACAACAAAGCCACUAAAGGAAGAGGAUCCCGAUGGUACUCGGGCAGACAGAGAGUUAUCGAACGACAAGUACAGGUCGGCUCCCUCGAAAUAUCUCAACGUGGAGCACUCAAGAGGACGCAAAAGUAGCCAGGGUUCUCGUGUCCCAUAG